UCCGUCUGCGCCAUUUUGUUUCGCAAAUGUUCGGUUCGUGCACAGCGUCUUGGUGAUUCGCAAAUUGUACACUGUUCUCUUAAAACAUGGGAAGAAAAAAGAAGAAGCAGAUGAAGCCAUGGUGUUGGUACUGUAAUAGGGAUUUUGAUGAUGAAAAGAUUCUUAUUCAGCACCAGAAGGCCAAACAUUUUAAAUGUCACAUAUGUCAUAAAAAGCUAUACACUGGUCCAGGCCUGGCCAUCCACUGUAUGCAGGUUCACAAAGAAACAAUCGAUGGUGUACCUAAUGCAAUACCUGGAAGAACAGACAUUGAGCUGGAAAUUUAUGGGAUGGAGGGUAUUCCGGAGAAAGAUAUGGAAGAAAGAAGACGGGUACUCGAGCAGAAAACACAAGAAAACCAGAAAAAGAAACAAAACCAAGAUGACUCGGAUGAGGAUGACGAUGAUGAAGAGGCAGGACCCUCAUUUCAGCAGGCAACAGCACAGCCUCCGGCUGCUUACGCUCCUAUGGCACAGCCUGGAAUGGCACCUGUGCCCACACCAGGGAUGCCACCUGGGAGCUACUCAGGAAUGCCACCAAUGAUGCCUGCAGUUCCUCCCAUGAUGCCAGGGAUGCCGCCAGUCAUGCCAGGAAUGCCACCUGGCAUGAUGCCCAUGGGUGGGAUGAUGCCACCUGGACCAGGAAUACCUCCUAUGAUGCCAGGCAUGCCACCAGGAAUGCCUCCUCCUAUGGGCCAUCGUCCAGGUUUGAACCACAUGCCACAGGCUCCUGCCUCCACCACGGCAGCGAUGAUUCCACGAGCAGCCGCACCUGCAGCCACGGUGGCUUCUCCACAGCCUGCAGUCACCAAGCCCUUGUUCCCUAGUGCAGGACAGAUGGGGACUCGAGCUCCCAGCACAAGCUCAGCCUCCUCCAGUAUGGACACUUUGUCAGCACCCUCUAAGCCGCUGUCGCAAGCUCAGCAGGGUGUGCCUGGGGCAGCAGUGGGGCUUUCAGCCUCCUCUUCUGCUGCUCCCAAAGCCACAUUCCCGGCCUACAGCCAGCCUGCUCCCUCUUCAGCCAGUGCUGGCAGCACUGUGGCCAAACCUGCCACACCCGUUACAAGUAAGCCUGCCACCCUCACCACUACCAGUGCAACCAGUAAGUUGAUCCACCCUGAUGAGGAUAUCUCUCUGGAGGAGUUACGUGCUCAGAUACCACGCUACCAAUGUAAGAUCCCUAGCACAGGACAGGCGCAUAUCAGCAGUCCUCCUGUUGGGCCAAUGGGAGGGGUGAUGCCUGCUCAGCAGGGUGCUUCUUCACAACAGCCAGGACCCAGGCAUCCCAUGCAUGGGCCAUAUGGUACCCCCUCCCAAGCAGUGCCUGGCUAUGUGCCAGGGGCAAUGUCACCUUAUGGCCAAGGUCCCCCAAUGGUUCCUCCUUACCAGGGAGCUCCCCCAAGGCCGCCCAUGGCCAUGAGGCCUCCUGUAAUGUCUCAGGGAGGCCGUUAUUGAAGCUCAAACACCACCAGUCUCCGAUAGGUUUGAUGAUUCAACCAUUUUUUCAUGUAAUGGUGUUGUUAAGAAGCCAAGUCAUUAAGCAUAAAUGUAAUUCAAUUUGCCUAAUAAGGGAAAUGAAAAAGCAGCACUGGUUUACGCAUGAAACUUUGAAUAUUUCAUAGUUUUUAUUUGGACCUCUAAUAUGUUGCAGAUUCUAUAGUGUGGCUUUUUUCCUUCCUCUAUGUUCCGUUUAGGUUUUUAGAAGUGAAGUUUAGUAAAUAUGGUUCGUAAUAAUUUGAAGCGGCUGGAGUAACGUGAACAGUACUGCACCUUUUAUCAAGGCAAGUCUUUGUAAACCUACUACUGUACUAAACAAAUGAAGCCUUCACAGCACCUUUAGGUGCUGUUGGACUUCAUGUCCCCAGCUUUGCUUGGUGAGGGCUUCAGUUAGCUAUAACUUUUUUUUUUUUUUUUUUUUUUGUAUGCCUGCUUAUCCUUACGUACGUUGAAAAUCAUACAAAUAAUAGCUGAUGUGAAAAGUGUCUGUAUUAUUAUUAUUAUGCAAACUGUAAUAAACAGUGUUGAAAACAUAAGACUGUUUCUUCAUGACAGAGCGAUGGAUCUAUAAAAAGGUUUGUACUGGCUGCUUAUUGCAAUAAUGUGUGAAAACAAUGGGCUGUUCUCACGACAUCAACCUGGUCAUCCAAAUUUAUUUUAAAUUACCCAUACACUAGUAUCAUGUUAACACCUGGUUUAAUGAGGAAAAGAGUGUCAAGGAAGAAGAAUAUGGAUGGCUUGGAUAAUUGUAGUGUAAGGUUGCAAAGGGAUUCAAUCUAAUGUGGUUUUGGUUGUGUAGAUUGGGUGUGAUUUUGGUGGGGUGGUGGGGGAGAAGAUUGUAAUUUGAAACAGAAAUACUUUGGACUCAGGUGACUUUAUUUGUUGCUAAACUGAGGAUCUUUCUUCUCCCUGUAGCGAUGCCAUGGGACCGGCUGAGGUUGAGUCUCACUGGUGCCCUGUUCAGGCUGAGGCAAGUCUCAUGUUUUUCUCAUUAAUUUCUUACGAGCGGGGGGCCCUCACAGCCACAUGGCUGUUGGAUUCCAAUGUCCCCAAACUUGUAGCAAGUUUGGUGAUGGCCCCUGUUAUUAUUCACAUUAGAGAAAACCUAUAACUAACCUCUUCUGCUUUUGUUUCCAAAGUGCAGAGGUGAGAACAAGUAACAAGUAAGUUUCAAAUCUUAAUACUCAAGUCCCAUGUGAAAAUAGAGGAGUCCCAAAACCAGAACAAGUUAAAAUGCGUUCCUUACUAUAUAGAAUACAAAUGUGAAGAAACAACACUAACAAAGUUUUUUAGGUUAAAACCGUGAUAAUAUAUUUAUAACUCUUCUUUUUAACCAGUGUAUAUAAAAAAGAAAACAUGGUCGGUCUAUUCGUAAUUAACCUUAGUGAUAAUGAAUUAAAGUCACAGACUUACUUACCUUUGGUUCACAAAAUCCAGGAAUUUAAAAUCCCAAAAUUAACUUGAUAUACUUAAUCCCUUUUUAACUUGAGCUGUGCUUUCACAAACCUAUAAUGCACAACAUGUUACUUUAAAGUAAUAGUUCAUAAACUUCAGUCGUGGUGGGAUUCAGCCUUAACCUUAACUUUGGAGUAAAACAAAAGGUUAGAGUGCUAUCACUUUAUGUAGGUCAAGACAUUCCCAUUUUUUUUGCAGCCUCUAAGUCAAAUGUAAUUGGAUUGCCUGCCCUAAAUCUAUAUUUACAUACUGGCAUGAUCCCAUAAUCUUUCAAGGGGAAACAAGAGCCUGAAUAAUUAUUGUUAGUCAAGUUGCAGACCUUAAUUAUGUUUAGGGUCUUUAAUCAUUAAAUGUUACUUGACUAGACCAUGUGACUUAUCUCCACCUUUAGCUUUAAUUAGAGUGUGCAAUGUGGUGGCCAAAUCAUGUAUUCAAAUGAUUAUUUAUGCUCCCGCUUUCACAAUUUGAGAAGAAUUAAAAAAAAAUUGAGAAUUCCAUUAGAGAAAGAUAAACUUCAUAGAUGUAAUAAUCUGGUGAUUCUGUACAUUCAGGUCAUCAUUUUAUUGGUACAUAACAAUGCUGAGAUUAGUCUUGACCAACUGAAGCAACCCCAGAUCAUAAGGCCGCCUCCAGAGGCUUGUACAGUGAGCACUAUGCAUGAUGGGCGCAUCACUCAUGCACUUUCUAUCUUAUCUUGUCACACACAUCAUUUUGCGAUAGGUAUUUAUUUUUAUGGGCCACACAGGUGUAGCCCCAUUAUUUUGUGCAUGUCUCAACUCUUUUACUUUCACUAUUAAACAUAGCUGUGAUUUUCUUUAACAAUGCCACUUCCCCAAGAGCUUGUUAUUUCCAAUGAUAGAAAUAUAUAAUAUUUAAUAAUAAAUAUUCUUUCAUGAAUAUGGUGGUUCAUCACUAUCCUUCUAUGUUUUAAUAAUACAUUGUAUGGUUCUUAACGCAGUUCUAUUAAUUUCUGGAAUCUUCUUAGUUGUUGUGUUUUUUUUUGGCCAGGCAGUCUGUGGCACAGCCCAUAUUUAUUGGUUUAGAAGACAUUCAAAUAUCUUACUAAAAUGCUUUCUAAAAUGUUUUCUAAAAAUUCCUAAACUUAAAUCCCACUUAGGCAGUAUGCAUUACCAGUGUCAUUGUCCGAGAUUAGUCUUUUAAAUUUCAAAUAUUUUGUCCCAAACUUUCUCUUUUGUGUUUUGAAAUCUUUCCUUAAUCAUUCGACUAAAAAAAAAAUAAAAUAAAAAAAAUACAGUGACACCUUGGAUUGCGAGCAUAAUUCGU